AUGGCUACCACCGAACAGUCGCGGCUCUUUGAGCCCCUCGAGAUCAACAAUGGCAAGAUCCGUCUCAGCCACCGUAUCGUGCAUGCCCCGAUGACGCGGAAUCGUGGCGUUCCGGAGAAUGCCACCAGUACGCCCGAGAAGCCCAACCGCGUCUGGUAUCCCGGGGACCUGAUGGCCGAGUACUAUAACCAGCGAGCCACCCCCGGCGGGCUGAUCAUCUCGGAAGGAAUUCCGCCCUCGCUAGAGAGCAACGGCAUGCCCGGCGUCCCCGGCCUCUGGAACGACCAGCAGGCCGAGGGCUGGAAGAAGGUCGUCGACGCCGUCCACGCCAAGGGUGGUUACAUCUUCGCCCAGCUGUGGCACGCUGGCCGCACCACCAUCCCCCACUUGACGGGCUCUCCCACCGUGUCGGCCUCCGCCGCUGUCUGGGAUUCCCCCGAGGAGGUCUUCCCCUACCCGCCGGUCGGAUCUACCCAGCAGGAGCGGCUGGCCGCUCACCCGCCCAUUGAGCUCACCAUCCCGCACCUCAAGCAGACUAUCGCCGACUACUGCCACUCGGCCGCCCUCGCCAUGAAGGCCGGCUUCGACGGCGUCGAGGUCCACGGCGGGAACGGCUACCUGCCCGAGCAGUUCCUCAGCUCUAACAUCAACCACCGCACCGACGAGUACGGCGGCUCCCCCGAGAAGCGCUGCCGCUUUGUCCUCGAGCUCAUGGAUGAGCUGGCCAAGACGGUCGGCGAGGAGAACCUCGCCAUCCGCCUGUCGCCGUUUGGCCUGUUUAACCAGGCUCGUGGCGAGCAGCGUCUGGAGACCUGGUCUCAUCUGUGCGAGCAGCUGAAGCAGACCCACCCUGCGCUGUCGUACGUCAGCUUCAUCGAGCCGAGAUACGAACAAAUUUUCAGCCAGUCCGAGAAGGACAAGUUCCUCGACAGCUGGGGUCUCGGUGACGUGGACCUCUCGCGGUUCCGCCAGAUCUUCGGCUCCACCCCCUUCUUUUCCGCUGGCGGCUGGGACCAGUCCAACUCGUCCGGCGUCCUCGAAUCCGGCCGCUACGAUGCCCUGCUUUACGGCCGCUACUUCACCAGCAACCCCGACCUGGUGGAACGGCUGCGCACCGGCGUCCCGUUCACUCCGUACGAGCGGAGCCGCUUCUACGGACCGUUCGAGGAUAAUGCCAAGUGCUAUAUCGAUUAUCUGCCUGCGAACCCCAGUCUGGAUAUCAAGAUCCAGGUGCAGGAGUAG